AUUUGCUGGCAGUCUGACAGAGCGGCGCUGCCUGUACUUGUGAAUGUUAAACGCCGUAUCAGAAGCGGAUCGCAGAGUGAGUGCAGAAAUAUGACGGAGAAGAAUGGACUUUCCCCUGCUUGGAGAGCACUGCUGGUGGGACUGGGUGGUCUGCUGCUCCUGGUUUCAGCAGGUCUGGUCUACCUGCUGGCUCAACACCAGCAGCUCGCGCGUGACGUGGUGAGACUGGACGCAGAGAUGCAGCUGAUGUCGCAGAAGUGCACCCUGCAAGAAAAGCUCAUGCAACCGAGACAGGCCUUUCAGCGGCGCCAGAGAAGGGACCAGGAGGAAGAGCCCUCGGAUAUGAUGGACAAAUAUGACAAGGACAUGCUCACGCUCAUGGCUUCGUCCUUGAUGCAGGUUCAGUCGAUGAUCGAGUUGUGCAAUAUCUCCAGUGACAUUUGCCAAGGCGCAGCUGGACCCCCAGGAUUGCCAGGAAGAGAAGGACCUCAGGGGCCUCCUGGGUUGCCAGGACCGGAGGGGAGACGUGGAAGAAGAGGUCACCCGGGGGAAAGAGGAGAACCAGGACCUAAGGGAGAGCCAGGACAACUGCCACUGAAGGCCGAGGCAACAGACAUUCUGAUCGAGGGUCCUCCAGGUCCAAGAGGUCCACCUGGGCCACAGGGACCACCGGGUCUAUCCUGUGCUGAUCCCUGCCUUCCCAAACACAUUAUAGAACAGGCUGUUCAAAGAAAUAUCUCCGCUGAUUCGGAGCCACUCAUUCCUUUAACAACUCAAGAGACACAGAAUGACACAGAUCAGUUGAACACAACCACCUGGGCAAACCACACGUCAGCAUUUCCUGCUGCUCCGGUCAUAGAUGCCUUGAAUGCAUCUCUUUCUGAGAUGCUUUUUAACAUCAGCAUGGAGAGUGGUCUGAAUCCAGAAAACGUCUUCAAUGACAGUGGAAAUUCUUUUGAUGGAGGUGAGGGAAAUGACACUCAUUCUCCGAUUCCCAGGAACAGUACAAUGAACAUGACCUCGUCCCUCACUGACUAUAGGGUUGCAACGGACGUAAACCUGUUCAAUGAAAGCAACAUGGAUAACGGAACAAGUGUGGUAAAUUCCACAUUCAUUGUGUCCCCAGAUCUUCAGGAUGAUGAAGGCCAGACCAAAAGUGUGACUGAACCAGCGACAACAAGAGACCUUUCAGCCUCAUCAUCAGACUACGACCAUCAAGAUGAUCUUGGAACCAGCAGCACCGCAUCUGUCACACAUGCGACAACAACAGAUGACUCCAAUGACAACAUGAUUGACCUUCCAAACAGAUUCUGGACUGAUACGACAACACCAGAGUUGUCUACAGAAUCGACAACACUCACUACAUCUGAACACAGUCUAACUACUUCCGGAGUCACUGAAUCAAAUGUGAUUUGGGGUGUAAUACCUGAAAGUGAGACCACACCAUGGGCAGGUGACAAUGACAUCCAAACGCAAACAACAGAUCACAGUACAGUUGUAAUGACCACUGAGUCCACACAAAGUGAAACACACUUAAUGAAUGAUGCAAAUUCAUUGGGUAAUGUGGUGAACAAUAGUGUGCAGCCGUACAAUGGCAGUAUGAUGUAUAACGCAACAGAGUUUAUUUCGACAAAUGAAGAUGAUGAUGUAUCUAACAGCAGAUGGGUUGAUGAGAGAAUGUCUGAAUGUCGUAUUCAGGCAAUAACAUGCUCGGAAGAAGGGCUCAACAUGCAGAGCACCUUUGGGACCCUCAUGUCAGAUGCUUAUUAUCCGAGUGAAGACCAUCGAUACUGGCUGGCUGAACACUUUUCCGGUCGACUUUUGACAGAGUUCAGUGGCAAGGUUUUAUUUACAAACAACAAAACAAUCAACCUCAGGACGUAUUUUCAGGGUUGUGGCCAUGUUGUCUACAACGGCUCUUUCUACUUUCAUGUAGCUGGGACUCGCAAUCUAGUGAAAUUUGACCUGGCUACCGGAAGAACAACCACUCUGACUAUGGCGCAGUGCAGAUACAACAACCUGAAUUAUCUGUUCCGGAACUCAAAGACUUAUUUUAAGUUUGCAGUGGACGAAAACAGCCUGUGGGUCAUCUUUGCGUCGGACACAGAAGACAACACCAUGGUGGCCAAACUUAACUCAGAGUCUUUCAGGGUGGAGAGGAUCAUUAAUGUAGCUUACCCGACAAGUAAAGCAGGAAACGCAUUCAUCCUCUGCGGUGUUGUCUACAUCACAGAUGACAAAGACAGAAGCGUGACCUAUGCUUUUGAUCUAGAGGAAAACAUUUCACUUGAUGUCAAUGUGGAUUUCAGGUCAGCCAGUGGCAUUCUGUCUAUGCUGUCGUACUAUCCCGACAAAGAGAUGCUGUACUUGUGGGACAGCAGUCAUUUUAAGAUGUGCAGUGUUCGACUGGCACGGGCGUAGAAAUCGACUUACACAGUAUUUGUAUUUCAGAUACCAAAUAUUUCAAUACAUUUUCAAAUACCUGGGUAUGUAUUCAGUUGAUUGUUAAAGAUUACUGGUUGUUUGUGUGUCUUAGGUUUAUUCUUGAGACCUCAUGUCACUCUAUGUACCGCAUGUAUACAUCCAGACUGCUUUUGUCUAUUUUAAUAUUGUUUAUUGGUCUUCUUUUUUUCUUUUUUUUUUUUUUUCAAUUUAACACUGGUUAUGUAAACAUAUCACAACUUUUUUGAUGUGUGAACAUUUAAAAACAUUCUAAAAUUCUUUUAUUCACAGCACAUGUUGAGUUUUUGAAAAGAACCUGUUUGAUUCAAUUAUUUGGCAAAACAGGAAUAUAUCUGCACUUAAUGUUAUUAUAUGCCGAGCAGUAUUUUGUCGUUUCCACCGGGGAAAUGUUCCAGUUCCAUGUUCACAGAAUUUACUGUAAGUGGGAUCAGUUCUCGCUUAUCCUGGGAUGCAUUCAUGGACUUUGUGCACAUCAACAAUGUUUUCAACAAAUCACAACAACUGGAUUCUUGAGUUUGUCUUUUGAAAUAAAUUGCA